GAGCUCUCGUCAAGUCACCUUUACAAGACUUGAUCAAGUUAAUAUUUUCGCCAGGCUUUUGCAGAGGCGUGGUCGAUCCAGUUCUGCUACUGGGAACUUCGCCUUGAAUCGGUUCUUACCAGCGGCGACUGAACAGGCAACAUGCAGGCGAGCAUUGAUCUGGGGGACGAGGACGCUUGGGACGAUGGCGCCUUGUUGCGCUCUUGGAACACUGCUGUGGAGGAGUACAAGAAAUACCACAGCAUUGCAGUCCGCGGCGAAAAUGUGGAGGAUGUCUUGAAGCAAGAGGAACUCAAAGGUGAGGGAGGAGUCCUGGAAAGCUCUAAGUCACAAGUAAAAGCAGCCACUGGUGUUGCAGAGGGAGCGAGCAUCACUCCCAUGAACGACAGUGAGGAACUGCCCUUCGAACCAGAGUUCGAUGUAGCAGAGCAGCAAAGCUUUCACGAGACCACAGAGAAAGCUCCCGGUGCUCCUUCUACGAACGCGACUGCUGCCAGUACGGCUACCCCUAUGCCCCCACCAAUGGCUGCUGGUUUUAUGCCUCAGAUGCUGCUUAGCGGGCAAGACGAGGCUAUGAAGAAUCUGAUGAUGUCCUGGUACUACGCUGGCUACUACACCGGACUCUACGAAGGCCAGCAAAAGGCUGCCCAAGAGAUGCAGGAGUCUAAGCCCAAAUGAUGGAGUAGGAAACACCAUCUUCUUGAUUGAUUCACAUACUGGGUGAAAAGCACGGAGUAGGAAGCGUUGAGCUUUCGGCUCGCUCCAACAAGCCCGCCUGGUGGCAUAAUUGAAGUGAACAUAGAAUGAGUUGUACGUAUAGAUUAUUUCUCGCCAUUGACAAUUGCGUGCUAAUCCAACUAGCCAAG